AUGCAGGCCUUGAAACGGAAACGCUCUCGCUUAGCCUGCAAGCCCUGCCGGGAGCGUAAGCGUAAGUGUGACGGGGGUGAUCCGUGCAUUACGUGCACGGAAUGGGGCUAUGAGUGUUACUAUGAGGCUCGCCACAGGAAGUCCCGGGCAACCACGAACACGACGCCCGACCAUCAACCGACGUCGAUACCCCCGCUACAACCUAGCACUGGACUGAAUGCAACUGAUUCAGAUACAGGCAGAUUGGUUCGGCGUCUAGAGGCUAAUUCCGGAGCGGCCUUCGUCAGGAAGCUUGGCCUCAAGAUUGAUCCAGCCAAGGCGCCGAAGCUUAGCCUUUUUGGAUGGAAUAUCGGCGCAAGACAGGGAUCGCAAUAUCAUUCAACGUCUUCACCACAAAUCAUUGAGAUUACCUCAUUCGAGCACAUGAAAUCUCUGGCUGAGACCUACUUUGAUAAAGUGGACCCUUGCUAUGGUUUCAUCGAUCGCCGUCUUUAUUUUGAGCGACUGAACUUGCGUUGGCAAUUAUCGCUCGUACCCAAAAUCUAUGACAGCGUACUCGCUGGCGUCGCUGCUUUGGGAUGCCUUUUCUCUCAGCGGAAUGCCACAAUCAUAGAGCUACACCUUGUUCACCUGGCUCGUAUCACUUUGGAUAUGUACCAACUGAAUGGGUCCCCAUCUAUAGAUCUGCUUACAGGAUGGGCCCUGCGAUCCAUUUACCUUCGAAUGACCGACUCGCCACAUUCGACCUGGAUAGCCAGUUCCACUUUGAUGCAUCUUGUGGAGGCAUCCGGACUUCAUCCCGAGUCGCUUUCGGUUCUCCCUCCUAGCGCACAAUGUGAGCCAGAAAUUCAACGGCGACUGGUUGGAGUUGCGCACCAUUUGAACGUAUGGACCUCAUUUGAUCUAGGGCUAUCUCGAGUUUCAUUUCAAAAGAAUGACUUGCCAUCCUUACCAUCCCCCAAACCUGGCGAUUAUACCGCCGAAGUCCUGGGGCUUCUACCAGUAUCGGUUAGUUUAGAUCCGGGCAUGGCAAAGGACGAAACGGAUCUCACAUCUACGCUGUCUGAUCUGCUCGAUGGAAGCCACACCCAGCCACCAUCAGUCAUGGCACAAUGCAACCUCGUACUCUGCAUACUCCGAAGAAUCCAUAUCCAGAACCUCGAUGUCACCUCGGAUCUCGCAGAGAAAGCUUUACGACUGUUGAAGAAAAGUCUCGGCUGUGCUCGGAGUAUGAUUGAAGACUGCUCGCCCUGGCAUCAGGUUGCUAAUGUGCCAUUCCACAUUAUAUGUGUUCUUCUUGUGAUGGACACGCGCUCUUCUCUUGCGAUGCUUCCCGAGGCCAUGCAGACUCUGAAAUUGGUUGCUUCCACAUACGAUACCGAAACAAUGAGAGAAGCUUGCAGCGCCGCAUAUCUGCUCGUUAUGCUGCAUCAACAACGUAGAAAAGAGGAUAUAGCAAUAUUUGGGGAAGCACUGAGUGUUAACGAACAGCCAAUGCAAGAUACUCCACCACAGUUAGACCCGAACUCUGAGGAAUAUUCUUGGCUUGGAGCGCUGGUCGCUGAUCUACCGGGGCUACAAAGAAUUGAUCUGGAUCAAUUUCUAAAUGUUGACGUGAUUGAUAGUUCCUUUUUGAGCAAUCCUAUAUGA